AUGAACGACACGAUCCGGGUCUGGAUGGGCGUAUGGCAGGAUAACAACGCAACCACAGGCGACCGUCAGAUCGCGCAGAUGUGGGACAUACUUGAAAAGUACGGCGACACACCGUUUGAGGGCGUCAUUGUCGCCAACGAGAUCCUGUUUCGCGAGCAGAUGACUGUCACCCAGCUCAGCAGCCUCCUGUCCGAGGUGCGAGACAACAUCACCGCCAAGGGCAUGUCCCUCCCCGUUGCCACAAGCGACCUGGGCACCGACUGGACCACCGAGCUUGCUGAGGCUUCCGACUAUGUCAUGGCCAACAUUCACCCUUUCUUUGGAGGGGUCAGCGCUGACGAUGCCGCCGCCUGGACGUACUCGUUUUGGACAGAACAGGAUGGGGACUACUUCAAGAGCAACACGUCCAAGAACAUCAUCGCCGAAACAGGCUGGCCGACCCAGGGCGGCACCGACUGUGGGACCGAUGCGGUUACAGAAUGUACCAACGGCGCAGUGGCCAGCAUCGACGGGCUCAACCAGUUCAUGAGCGACUGGGUGUGUCAGGCCUUGGACAAUGGCACCCAGUACUUUUGGUUCGAGAGCUUCGAUGAGCCCUGGAAGAUUAUCUACGACAACGGGACAGAGAACUGGGAGGACCACUGGGGGCUGCUUACUGUCGACAGAGUCCUCAAAGACGGGGUGAAGAUUCCAGAUUGCGAUGGGAAGACGGUGGACUAG